AUGAACACAUGUUUCCCGCGGUUCCUUCUCCAAGCUGAGUUCCUCUCAGGAAUCUCUCUUCAGCCUAAAAAUCGUGCUUAUUCUCUUUUCUCGAACCGGAAAAGAAGAUACUGCGCGAUUUCCCUUUCGUUCUCUGCUAAGCCUACUAAGGAAACGCUGAUUGUAGUAGGUGGCGGAGCUGCCGGCAUUUAUGGAGCCAUUAGAGCGAAAACUGUUGCGCCUGACCUCAAUGUUGUUGUUAUUGAGAAAGGAAAGCCGUUAUCGAAGGUCAAGAUUUCUGGUGGUGGUCGAUGUAAUGUGACAAAUGGACAUCACACUGAUAAUGUGGUUUUGGCAGGACACUAUCCUAGAGGCAAUAAAGAAUUGCGAGGGUUAUUUUUCAAAAUGCAUGGCCCAAUUGAUACCAUGUCGUGGUUUUCAGAUUGUGGAGUUGAACUGAAGACUGAACCUGAUGGAAGAGUAUUUCCAGUCACUGACAGCUCAUCAACUAUUAUAGAUUGCCUAAUGUCUGAAGCAAGGAAGAGAGGGGUUGUUCUAGAGACUGGUAAAACUGUUACAAGUGUUUCAGCAAUUUCUGGUUGCAAAUUCUCUGUCCAAGUAGAAAAACGCACAGUUGGUUAUGUUGAGCAUGCUGAAGCGAAUUUCUUGAUGAUUGCUAGUGGUAGUAGUGAGCAGGGAUACAAACUUGCUGCACAGCUUGGUCAUUCUAUUGUGAAACCUGUACCCAGUCUAUUCACUUUCAAGAUUGAUGAUUUUCAGUUAGUAGAAUUGUCUGGGGUUACCUUCCCUAAGGUGAGAGCACAAUUGAAGCUGGCAACUGUUCAGAAGAGCAUACCCGCGCACACACAGGUUGGGCCACUGUUGGUAACACACUGGGGCUUUAGUGGCCCAGUAAUUCUCCGAUUGUCUGCCUGGGGAGCUCGUGAGCUCUCAGAUUCUAAUUAUAAAGGAACACUUCAUCUGGAUUUUGUUCCUGAUUUUAACGUAGAAGAUCUGAAGUCACUUCUUAUUGCACACAAAAAAAAGUUUGCGAAACAAAAGGUUGCCAAUUCAUUUCCUUCAGAACUUGGCCUUGUGAAGAGAUUCUGGAGAUAUAUUUUAGAACGUGAGGGUUUGGACGGGGAUCUUUUAUGGGCAUACAUAUCCAACAACUCUUUAAUCUCAAUUACUUCUCAUCUGAAAAACUGUUCCUUCAGUGUGAAGGGAAAGGGUCAAUUUAAGGAUGAAUUUGUCACUGCUGGAGGUGUUCCAUUGUCUGAGGUAUCUCUGAACACCAUGGAGAGCCGAAUCCAGUCACAUCUAUUCUUUGCUGGGGAGGUAUUAAAUAUUGACGGAAUAACAGGAGGCUUCAAUUUCCAGAACGCUUGGUCGGGUGGAUACAUAGCUGGAACAAGCAUCGGUAACCUGGCGACAGCUUCUAAUCUGGAGGAAGAAACUGUCUGAAAAGAAAGAGACUAUUUUUAAAAAUGUGAAGGGAAAAAAACGUUCUCUUGCAUGAUUGCAUCAUUUAGAUCUAAGGGUUUGCCUUUGAUGCAGAUACCACAGGUUUUUCCAGAAGAACAUGGGGGGCCACAUAAUUGAGGAUCUCAGUGGGUACAUCUCACUAUAACGUGGUAUGUUUUGAUGUGAUGAAAUUAAAAUCUGGCUGUUGUCAGAAAAUAGAGUAGUGAUUAAAUUAUCUGCAAUUUUGGCUUGUUUGUAGUUGGACAAUCAAUGUUUCACUUUCUGUUCUUUUUAAUUGUUGCAUUGUACCA